CUAAAAAUAAUAUUCAAAGACUUUUAAAAAUCUGACUUCAUACAAAAGUAUUUUUAAAAUAUUGUCAAUUCAUUUGUUUUUUUAUUACUUUUUAAAAACAAAAAGAUCCGUUUUUGAAAAACUUAGAAAUUCCUCUACAUUUACAAACUAAUCCACCUGAAAAUAAAAAUAAAACUCUGUUUUGUCGAAAUUUUUCCGUCGAAGAAAACCCACAACACUAAAUAAAAGCACGUCAAAAAACCAAAUUUGUUUUUCUUAUCUCUGACCCAAUCACCUUUAUAUAAAAACCUCGUGAGUUUUCUCACCACUUUCAAUCACCGAACCAUGAAAGUGCUCCUAUGUGCAUUAUUUCUAUCGACAUUAUUGUUCUUUGCAAACUCUCAACUUCAUUAUAUCCCAGCCCAAAUCCUCAUUCCAGCCCUCAACGUCUCAACAGUUCAAAUCGCCCACAAUGCAACCCUCAACCGAACAGAAAACACCAAUCACACCGGCUGGAAUAAUCCUCGUUUGAAUAAAACGGGUGAGGAUACUUUAAAUGGGACAAACUCAAAUGGAGAUUUGAUCGUUGGGAAGAUCAGUCCCAUGGACCAUCGCCUAUUUAGACAAGUGUAUAUGAAACCGAGAAAUUGGUGGUCAAUGGGUGAAAAAUUCGUUCAAUAUCCUCACGAUCUUCCGGGGAGUUAUGGACGACAUGAGACGAUUUCCGCAGUGAGGGCUUUUAAUCAAUUCUACGAUGGUUUGGAUUCGAAAGCUGAGGUUGUGGCAGGAGGUGUGGGGAAAAAAUUUGUGAAAAUACGACUUACGUCAGGGUGGGGAAGAGGAUUUAAGUAUUUGGUUGUUAUUUAUGGACACUAAUAGUGUAAUUAUCAAUUUAAAACAUCACAAUAAAGAAACGCUUCUGGUUUUA